AUGGACAAAAGUAAUCAUGAUAUUGAAGAAGAUAACGUAGCUGCACUCUAUGAAGCUUCACAUAAAGGGUGUGAAAGCACUAUGAUCUCGUUGAUGCAAAGGGACGCUCUCAUUCUUAACAAAAUUUCAUUGACGUCCUUCACCGACACGCCCUUACAUAUAGCAGUUCUGCAUGGUCACCUAGAAUUCACUGCAGCUGUACUCAGGAAGAAACCUAAUCUCGCCGCCCGGAAGGACUCGAGGGGUCGAACUGCCCUUCACUUAGCUUCCGCGGAGGGCCACGCCGAGAUUGUGAGAGAAUUGCUGCAAGCAGAUACAGAUGUUUGCCUGGCUCGUGAUCAAGAUGGGAGAAUUCCUCUCCACUUAGCCGUGAUGAGAGGACACAUAGAGGUAAUAGAAAAGUUGCUUAAUUCCAAACCGAACUCGAUCUUGGAGGAUCUCGAUGGAGCUAGUGUUUUGCACUUGUGUGUUAAAUAUAACUGUUUGGAUGCUCUAAAAGUGCUAGUGGAAUCUGCUGAUGACAAUGGAUAUUCCCUCAACUCCAAAGACAAUGAUGGUAACUCCAUAUUGCAUUUAGCUGUGAUGCUCGGGCAAACGGAGGCAAUAAAAUACUUGCUUUCAGUAUUAAAAAUCAAAGGAGAGGCCAAUGCCAUAAAUAGGAUUGGUAACAACGCUUUGGAUGUCUUAGAGUUAGGCCAUAGAGAUUUUAAAUCUCUCAAAAUCCAAGACAUGCUAAUGGCAGCUGGUGUUCGAAGAUCCAAGGAUCUAAAUUCUCCUAAUCUACUACCAACAACACAGCGUGAACCAGCUGCUCAAUCAAGCUGGUUUAAGAAAUUGUGGGCAUACUUUUGUUUGUGCGGAUGGUUUAAGCAUUUUAAGCGUCACCCAUCAGAUAUGAUUGUGGAGGCACGUGGCACAUUGAUGUUGGUGGCCACUGUAAUUGCAACCGUUACUUUCCAAACUGGGAUCAACCCUCCAGGUGGUGUUUGGCAAAAUGAUGGAAAAUAUAAUAAUCGGAAUUGUACGACGGGCUCUGCGGUGUUAUCUGAUAUCGACCCAGAUGGUUACAAAGCCCUUUUGUAUUUCAACACCACCUCUCUUGUUGCAGCUCUGAGCGUCGUACUUUUGGCCACCAUUGGAAUUCCUAAGAGAAGCAAACUUUUUGUAUGGCUUUUGACUUUAGCCAUGCUUAUUGCAGUCACGUUCAUGCUAUUCACCUAUUUUUGUGCUACGCUUUUGGUGACCUCGGGUGCUGUUUUAGAAAAAAUCGGCGGGACUUCCCUUUUAUUAAUAUUUGGGAUUUGGAUUGUAGUGCUUCUGAUUGCUGGUUUGGUUCUCAUAUAUCGCCUGUUCGUUUUGAUGGUGAAGUAUUUACUCAAGUGCAUACUCUGUUUGACAAUGAGGCCGCCAACAAAUUAA